UAUAACCCAUUUAGACAGAGAUUUCACCCACAAAUCUUAAAGAUAAAACCUCAAAACAAAUAAUUCACAAAGAUCUUCAACGGAAUGAAAGACAUUUCCUCAGCCUGAGAGGCGCACCCAGAAAAAAUGCAGAACAAGCCAUUCAAGGAGGCGACAGAAGAAUCUCAUUUUGAAACAUUCCCCCCAACAUUUUGUUUAGUUUGGACGUCCGAAGCAAGGAGACCAAAACAAAAACAAAAGUUGGGUUUUAUGGUAAUUGCAAUACGGCAAGUCAUAAAUCGGCAUCAGACUCGUGUGAUCAAGUUCUAUUGAUUUGAUAUCGAUUAAGUAAAAUAGAGCAUGAAUUGUCUUAAGUUCUAAGUUCUACAAUAUGAGAUCAACUUUAAUAAUUUGCAACAGUAAGACCAAAAAUUGUAGUAUAGACCAUCUUGUGAUGUGUCUUUUCUUUCCCGUUUUGGUAUAACAAGUGGAUAAUGUUUGCUCACAGGUCUUUAUAAUUAAGUUUCUGGUUUGUGAUAAGAAAAUCUAUAAACUUCCAUCUGAAAAUCGUGACUGUUCUUAGACUACUUUUUUCCCAUGGAAAUUGUUAAUCCAUGUCUGAAAUAUAUAACGAAAGAUCACCUCGAUCUUAUUCAAUCGGUGACGAUUAGGAAUGAUGAGCGAGAAACAUGCAUGAUGAUCUGAUAGUAGCCGCAAGGUGAAACUGUCACCCCCUAUUGCUAUCUAAUUAACUUAUAUAAAAUUAAAUUGGAAAGAUGAAUAUAUCAAAUGCUAUAUACUUGUUGUUAGGCAAACAUGUUAACUGCAUCAUCAAUUAACAAUCAGAAACAUUAGCUUUACAACAACAACGACAGAAGUUUCCCCGGCUGUAUUUGCAUGCAAGAAAAUAUACUUUGACAAUACUAAUACGAGGCUCGUGCAAUAACACAAUUCAGAAGAAUAACUCUAAAUGUCAUGUAAUCUUGCAGAUUCACUCUCUUUGUCUCUUUGUCGAAUUGAUCGGUUCGGAUGGGGUUCAUGUCUGAUUUUUCAAGGCCAUCUGUGUAAUUGGAUUAGUGGUCCUCAUUAGAAAACAAAAAAAAAAGUCCAAAGAAAAUUUUAGCUGUGUAUGUAUAUAUUAAUUUUGUUUCUUAAACUAUUUUCAACACACUUAAUAUAAUUUACUAGGAAAUGAAAACAAUGUAAUAAUUCGUUUGAGUCAGUCUUCUCUUUCUCUGUGUUCUAAUAAACUCUUUAUGUUGUUGAAAAAAAACAUUUUUUCACAAAGAUUUCAUUCCAAAAGUUUAUAAAGUGCCACUAAAUUUAGUUUUUUUUAGUAGUUGAUAAAUUAUAAUUUUAGUCGAUAUAAAAAGGAAAGAUGAUAUUUUCUUUGAGAUAGAAUAAUUAGAUUUUUUAUUUAAAGUUUAUGAGCUGUAUUAAAUGUCAAUUAUAUAUUUCUUAACCUGUAUUUUCUAUAAACUUUAAAUAUACUGGUAUCUAAUCAGUUAUAGAAAUGCCACUUAAUUAUUACCGUUUUCAUAAUUUUUAAUAUAAAUCUAACUUUUCGAACUAAAGUUUAUUUAACAUACAUACUUGAAAUUUAUAUUUCUUAAUUACUUUUAUUUGAGUUUUUUAUUUCUUUUCUGAUAAAAUUAAAAAAAAAUAUUAAUUCCAAAAGUUCAUAAAUUGGCACCAAAUUUAGUUUUGUAUAGUUGAUAAAUUAUAACUUUUGUCAAUAUAAAAAAUAAAGAUGACUAUUUUUAGAUAGAAUAACUAGAUUUUUUAUUUAAAAUUUGUGAGCUGUAUAACAUGUCAAAUAUAUAUAUUUCUUAUUAUAUAUUUUUUUCUAGAAGCUUUAACUAUACUGGAAUCUAAUCAGUUAUAGAAAUGCCACUUAAUUAUUAUCGUUUCAUAUAAUAUCCAGGCUUUCAAAUUUAAAUACUACUAUCUCCAAAAUUAUUUACAAAUAUCCCAAAAUAGAUAUUUUCAUUAACUUUCUAUUUAAAUUUUUUUUUGAUAAAAUGGGAAUAAAUAUUUACUUAAUUAUUUGAUGAUAAAAUCUAAAUCGAAUUUGAUUGGUAUGUAUUGGAGGAAUAUUAUUUACUUUUUCUGGUAAUUUUCUACAAAACAUGAAAAAUAAAAUUACAUAAAAAUAACCUUUAAAUAUGAAAAAAUUACGGUCAGAUUCGCAGUACCAACAAAAUUCUCACAAAUUAUUAGUCUACGAACCAAGGACAGUUGAGUCUCUUGCUUGUCGUCAAAACUCAAACUUAAUUAAAACCUAAUUUACUUUCCUCCAACUCUUAUAUAUAUACAUGUAUGGCUUCUCAUUUCUAGUGUCUCUCUCAAACUCACACUUUUCUCUCUAUUAAUUUAUCUCGCAAUCUCCUUCACUUUCUUUCCAUCUAGACGCACCGCUUCACGUGAAAAUGCAGCCGUCCGACGUUUCGGCAACUGUGGCCGAGAAGAAAGAGAAGGAGAAGAAGCGGCCAAGUGUAUCAGUGUUCAAGCUUUUUUCCUUUGCUGAUUUCUACGAUUGCGUUCUGAUGACUCUUGGAUCCAUUGGUGCGUGCAUUCACGGUGCCUCCGUUCCAGUUUUCUUCAUUUUCUUCGGCAAACUUAUCAACAUCAUCGGUCUUGCUUACCUCUUCCCCCAAGAAGCUUCUCACAAAGUAGCCAAGUACUCGCUGGAUUUUGUAUAUCUGAGUGUGGCAAUACUCUUCUCAUCAUGGUUAGAGGUUGCAUGUUGGAUGCAUACGGGAGAAAGACAAGCUGCAAAAAUAAGAAAAGCAUAUCUUCGGUCUAUGUUAAGUCAAGACAUAAGCUUAUUCGACACCGAAUCUUCCACCGGAGAAGUCAUCUCCGCCAUCACUUCCGACAUACUUGUCGUCCAAGACGCUCUAUCCGAAAAGGUAGGAAACUUUCUGCACUGCAUGAGCCGGUUUAUAGCUGGUUUUGCAAUCGGAUUCGCGAGCGUAUGGCAAAUAAGUCUCGUCACUCUCUCCAUAGUCCCACUCAUUGCGGUCGCCGGUGGCAUCUACGCUUAUGUCAGCACCGGACUCCUCGCCAGUGUCCGAAAAUCAUACGUCAAAGCCGGCGAGAUUGCGGAAGAGGUGAUUGGGAAUGUGAGGACCGUACAAGCAUUCACGGGAGAAGAAAAGGCGGUGAGAUCAUACGGGGAAGCUCUGGAGAAUACGUACACGUACGGGAGAAAAGCCGGUUUAGCUAAAGGACUAGGACUCGGUUCGAUGCACUGUGUUCUGUUUUUGUCGUGGGCUUUGCUUGUUUGGUUCGCAAGCAUCAUUGUUCACAAGGGGAUUGCUAAUGGCGGCGAGUCUUUCACCACCAUGCUCAACGUUGUCAUCGCUGGCUUGUCUCUUGGCCAGGCAGCGCCAGACAUCUCCACAUUUGUACGAGCGAGAGCUGCUGCUUAUCCUAUCUUUCAGAUGAUUGAACGGAACAAGGAGGUGAAAACAGGUCGUAAACUCGGGAAAGUAGACGGAGAGAUUUGUUUCAGGGACGUGACUUUCACCUACCCGUCACGUCCCGACGUGGUGGUCUUUGACAAGCUAAACCUAGUGAUCCCUGCUGGGAAAGUCGUUGCCCUUGUUGGAGGAAGCGGGUCAGGUAAAAGCACGGUGAUAUCUCUGAUCGAGAGGUUCUACGAGCCUACCGAUGGGGCGGUGUUUCUUGACGGGAACGAUGUUAGAUACCUUGAUCUUAAGUGGCUUAGAGGACACAUUGGUCUGGUUAAUCAAGAGCCUGCUUUUUUUGCAACUACCAUUCGUGAGAACAUUAUGUAUGGUAAAGAUGACGCGACUGAUGAGGAAAUCACCCGUGCAGUGACGCUCUCGGAAGCAGUUUCAUUCAUCAAUAAGCUACCAGAUGGUUUUGAAACACAGGUCUGUCGAAAAUUAGAUAACUUGGAAGCCAAGAAACAAACCCUAAACUUUGCUUGUUAUUUGUUUUUACAGGUUGGCGAGAGGGGGGUUCAGCUAUCAGGUGGGCAGAAGCAGACGAUCACGAUCUCGAGAGCCAUCUUGAAGAACCCAUCAAUACUCUUACUGGACGAAGCAACAAGCGCGCUAGACGCAGAGUCAGAGAAAACCGUGCAAAAAGCUUUGGACAAAGUGAUGGUCGGGAGAACAACGGUUGUGGUGGCUCAUAGACUCUCCACCGUGAGAAACGCUGACAUCAUAGCCGUUGUUCACGGAGGAAACAUCAUUGAAUCCGGAAGCCACGAUGAACUCAUCUCUAACCCGGACGGAGCUUACUCUUCUCUCUUACGUAUCCAAGAAGCUGCAAACCCUAACGUAAACCACACUCCAAGCUUACCAGUCAGUACAGAACCCUUGCCGGAACGACCAAUAACAAAGACGGACUUGUGUUCCAUGGAUCAAUCAGGAAACCAACCAGACACAACUAGACAAGGCAAAGUAACAUUGGGACGUCUCUACUCUAUGAUACGUCCUGACUGGAAGUAUGGACUCUUUGGGUUGUUUGGUUCUUUAGUGGCCGGUUCUCAAAUGCCGCUUUUCGCACUUGGGAUCUCGCAGGCGUUAGUUUCUUAUUACAUGGACUGGGAGACGACUCAAAAAGAGGUCAAGAGGAUCUCUAUCCUCUUCUGUUGUGCCUCGGUCAUUACCGUCAUCUCACACGCCAUCGAGCAUACCACCUUUGGUAUCAUGGGUGAGCGUUUGACUCUCCGCGUCCGCCAAAUGAUGUUUUCAGCGAUCCUGAGGAAUGAAAUUGGAUGGUUUGAUAAAGUGGAUAACACUAGCUCAAUGUUAGCGUCGCAGCUUGAAAGCGACAGCACUUUGCUUAGAACGAUCGUGGUCGAUAGGUCGACGAUUCUGUUGGAGAAUUUUGGACUAGUUGUGACAUCUUUCAUCAUUUCUUUUAUACUCAACUGGCGUCUCACUCUUGUUGUCUUGGCAAGAUAUCCAUUGAUCAUCAGCGGACAUAUUAGUGAGAAAAUUUUCAUGCAAGGCUAUGGAGUAAACUUGAAUAAAGCGUAUUUAAAGGCUAACAUGUUGGCCGGAGAGGCUAUUAGCAACAUUCGAACCGUAGCUGCCUUUUGUGCCGAGGUUAAGGUUCUAGAACUUUAUUCCAACGAGCUUCGAGAACCUUCCGAACGUUCUUUUAGGCGUGGACAGAUGGCUGGCAUUUUGUACGGCGUCUCUCAGUUCUUCAUCUUCUCCUCCUACGGCCUCGCCCUCUGGUACGGAUCGGUUUUGAUGGGGCAAGGAUUAUCAAGUUUCGAGUCUGUGAUGAAAACAUUCAUGGUUUUGAUAGUUACUGCGUUAGUGAUGGGUGAAGUGUUGGCUCUAGCCCCUGAUAUACUUAAGGGAAACAAGAUGGUUGCUUCGGUUUUCGAGCUAUUGGACCGAAGAAGUCAGGUCGUUGGAGAUAAAGGCGAGGAGCUGAGUAAUGUGGAAGGUACUAUUGAGCUCAAAGGUGUCCAUUUCAGCUACCCUUCACGGCCUGAUGUGACUAUCUUCGGCGAUUUCGACCUGACAGUUCCUUAUGGGAAAAGCAUGGCGCUCGUGGGACAAAGUGGGUCUGGGAAGAGUUCGGUCCUUUCGCUCAUUCUUCGGUUCUAUGAUCCUACAGCCGGAAUAAUCAUGAUUGACGGACAAGACAUCAGGAAACUGAAACUGAAAUCGCUCCGAAGACACGUCGGUCUGGUUCAACAAGAACCGGCUCUUUUUGCGACAACUAUCUACGAGAACAUCUUGUAUGGAAAAGAAGGAGCACUGGAGUCUGAAGUCAUGGAAGCAGCUAAGCUUGCAAACGCUCACGACUUCAUCUGCUCUCUCCCGGGAGGCUACUCAACUCAAGUUGGGGAACGUGGCAUUCAAAUGUCAGGCGGCCAGAGACAAAGGAUAGCCAUCGCUAGAGCCGUCCUCAAGAAUCCAGCUAUUCUGCUACUCGACGAAGCCACAAGCGCCUUGGACGUUGAAUCAGAGCGUGUGGUACAACAAGCAUUGGAUAGGCUAAUGAGGAACAGGACCACGGUGGUAGUGGCUCACAGGCUAUCGACGAUCAAGAACUCAGAUAUGAUAAGUGUGAUACAAGAAGGUAAGAUCAUAGAGCAAGGCAGCCACAAUAGCCUCAUUGAGAAUGAGAAUGGUCCUUACUCUAGACUUAUCAAUCUCCAGCAGCAUCAACUAUCCUGAAUGAUUUAUAAUUGACCUGUCAAGAAUCUUCUAAAAUUUAUCUUUCGAUCAUACUUUCUUUCAUGAUGAUCUGAUCAUGUUUUUUCAUAUUUUAUUUAUCUUCGUGAGUUUAAGUAUUUCCAAAUAAUUAAAGAUGUUCUACGUCUCACAUUAGUCUUGUAAUUUAUAGUUUGCAACUUACAAAUGAUUGGUUUUCCUCAUAAAACAAAUUAUAUUGUUCAAAACCAUAUUUGUAUUUUAUUGAGUAGUCUAUUAAACGUUCAAAUAAUAAUCUCAUGUACCAAACAUCUAAUAUCUUACAAUACUUACAUGCAAGUGUAUACUAUAUUAGGAACAAACAUCUUUUAAGUAUUUUGAUUAACAACUUAUUUUCUGUUACAACUACUCUCAUUCCCUGGAAAAGCUGGUGGUUGUAUCAGUUGUUCAUUCGAUUUCAGAGUAUGACUGACACCUAACUUGUAGCCAACGUUUCAGCUUUAACCAUUUUGAUUUGUUUUAAUUCUUUUUUUUUUUGUCAGCAACAUUUUGAUUUGUUAUAACAUAUAAGAAAUUAGUUUUCACUGUAAACAUUUUCCAUAAUUUGUCGUCUAACAAUAAAGUAGGCAUCUUUUUACCAAAAAUAAAUAAAUCAAAGCAAGACAUCUAUCAAUUGCUUAACCAAAAAGAAUAGAAGAGAGAGAGAUCUAUCAUUUGUUUUCUCCUGAUUACAUGUUUGACUUAGACCAUGAGGUCCAUGACUCCCUGACAGUGGUCUCCUCAUGUGUGUUAUCAUCAUCUCAUGAACAGAUAAGAG